AUGGACAUGCUGUCCUCAAGGUCCUAUCUCGAGCUGUUGCCAGAAGGACAAGACACAGCAGAGACAUUGAUAACCACCCCAGUGUCCAGUGAAUUAAGUCCUGAGAUAAAAAAUGAGCCAGAGCGCCAACUGAGGCCUCGAAAGAAGCGUACAGCCUCGAAAGCACCAGAGAUCCCCGCUCAAAUGGCCGAGGGCACGAAUGCAACGGCCGCGGAUCGUCCCGUGCGGAAAAGAGGCCGGCCGAGAUUGGAGACGACCAAAGACGCUACUGCGAUCGAGGAGCGUCGUCUGCAGAUCCGACGGGCGCAACGCACCUAUCGUCUCAAAAAGGAGUUCACUAUCCAGACCCUUAGAUCUCGCGUUGACACAUUAGAAAAGGCGCUAGACAACGUGACUGGCAUACUGAGUGCCACCCACCGAGACGCAGCCGAUACCCUUACCAGCGACUCAACCCAGCCAAGCAUCGAUUACCUCGCUCGCACACGAGAACUUAUCCUCGCCGAGAUCGACAAGACCAGAUUCACCGAUGAGGAUGGAACUGACCCUCAGUCCGAGCACGUCCCGGGCCCCUCGAAGGCAGCAUUCGGCUAUCAAGUCUCGCACGCGCGAAACACAGCACGACCCCAAAAGAAGAACCGCAACUCAUCCUCCACCUACCGAGCCUCAAACCGAGCGCGGUCCCCCUCCCCGCUUAUAAACCGCCUCCUGCCAGCAGCAACAAUCUACACAUACAGCCACCAAGAAUCCUGUCUCGCUCGUCGCCUGCACAGAUUCUGCCUCGAGCACACCUACCGCUGGCUAACAGAUGCACGCACCGAGCCAGCCUUCCUAGGCCGAGUCUUCGGGCUAGUCCCCUGCAUUCAUGACAUGCCUGGCAUAAGACGCCAUUACCGCAAGACGCUGCAAUCUGAAAUCGGGAGCACGCUCGAAUUCAGCAAGAUGCCUUUCUACACGCUCGGCGGCGCGGGAAAGCACUUCCCGCGUGUGAGUCCAGAGGGGACCCCCGUCUAUCCGCAGAACAUCCGUAGACCGGGAAAGAUCCUGCGGCGGAUGGUGCGGAUUUUGCAGCGGGGUGGGAUUCAGGAUUGGGAUGAGGACUGGAGUGGGGAUCGGGAGCCUGCGUCUCCGGAGCAGAGUCAGGUGCACAUGAGCCAGGAGGAUAUUACUCGUUCGCUUGAUCUCGAUGGCGAGUGGUUUGAUUGCCAUGAUGUGCAGGGGUAUUUGUUGCACCGUGGGCUUGUGCUUGAGGGGUCGGCGCUGAGGCUCGGCGUUCCUGAGUCGUUGGUGCGUGAUUUGUAUGGAGUUUCGCCCGGUCGAUCGACUGUUUCGAGUAUGUAUGCUUCGUCUGAGGCUACGUAUGUUGAUAUGACGGGGUCGGAAUCUACGAUAUCGGAAUAUACACUUGAUGUUGAGUGUUUCUUUGAUCUUCUCUUAGCAAAUCUUAGAAUCCUUGGCCGCGCACCAGGCUUUCGGGUGUGGGAUGUUGACACAGCGUUGCGGGCAGCCAUUUCUCGUCGCCCCUUUGGCUAG